GAGUUGGUCAUAUUCACUCGACACUUGCACUUUCGUAGAAAGUGACUGCGUGCGUCUUCAGCGGAGGGAGUGUAUUAUAAAACAGAAUAACAGUUAGAUAAUUAUUUCAGUGUGAUCUGUGGUUUUUGGAAAAAGUGAAUUAGAAUUAACCAGAUAUGUGGAUCACCGUCAACCUGGUGACAAUUUUUUGUCUCCACUGCAUCAACUCCCUUGAAAAUUCAUGGUCUUGGACGGAUCAAACAAGAGACUCCAAUAUUAAGCCGCUUGAUAGACUGGAUCGCGAUAUAAAAGUUCUUGAUGAUUUCGAAACAUCUCCUAGUGAAUUUGUGGAAAGCUCUAUUCUAUUGAAUUCAACAACUAUCGAAAAUGUUGUCGAUGAACUUCUCACGUCUACCAGAGAAGGUAGAGCAUUAGAUGGAUUUGAUGAAGUAUACAGUGACCCUAAUGUACAGAUGGCAUUGCAGAAAGGAGAUGAUGGAGAAGCGAGAAACAUUAUUAAGGAUCGUCUUUGCUAUCUGGGACUCAUGCAGUGUGAUGGUGGAGAACACAUAGAAGGAAAGCGGCCUUAUAUCUCUCCAGAAGAACUUGUGUAUGCACAACCCGUUGCAAUAAACCCUGUUGGAAAACCAAUUCCAACAAUCCCCUUGAAAGGGCCAAGGGGGAGUUAUUACGGUUCCUCAAAACCCACUUCAUCUCAUUUUCCUACAUCAGGUGCUCCGGGAUUACCAGGAAACUAUAUUCAACCGGGGAAAUAUGGUCCUCCCAAUAAGUUUGUUCCGCCACAGCCUUCUUAUCCUGGAAAACCACCGCGCCGCCAUUUCGCCUCGUCUCCUUUUCCAAGCAAACCAUUUUAUGGUAAACCAGGAUUAACUGGAGAAUUCCAUGAAACCUCAGAACUAUUUUCCAAACCUCCAGGGUUUAUUUCGAAUACUCCAAAUGAUUUUCUUAGACCCAUUGAACCAGAAAUUCCCCCUUAUAAGUUUGAGCAUGAAACAACUCAUCACAAAGACAAAAGGGUAGAGAUUACAGUCAAUGCUCAAGGUGGUUCUGGUAGUGGAUCACCAUCUAAUUCCGUCGAACAUGUUCAUCAUCACUAUCAUCAUAAUAUCGAUGGUAAUGAUAAGCCCGCAAUUAUAACAAAUACGAAUCAGAUAUCAGCUGCUGCCGUUUCAGCAUCGUCAGGUCUCACUUCGACUUCUUUCAAUUCCCAUAAUUCAUUUGGUUCUUUGGGUUCUCAAACAUUGUUGAAUAAACCAACAUAUUCUGGAUUCAACCCAACAGCUUCUAACGGACUCGGUUUUUAUGGAAAUACUUUCGUAAAUGGUGGUUCUUCUUUCGGAACAACGCUUGGUGCUGGUGAAUCAUAUGGUGGACAAUCUUUAGCCCAUUAUGGUGGGCCUUCUUUUGGAGUAAAUUCCUUCCAAUCCACCAAACCUGUUAAUGAAAACUAUGGUGUGCAAUCCUUUGAAACCUUUGGAUCCUCUGGUUCUUCAGGACCCUACAAGAAGGAACUCAAUCUCAAUUCUGCUAAUAACUAUUUACAAUCUGGCUAUGCGAAUAAGUAUGGAGGUUCAGGUUACUCUACAAAUGAAAAGUUCAACUGUUAUUGUGUUCCCUACGAUCAGUGUCCUCCGCAUGAUGUUAUUGGAAGGAAAAAUGAUUUGUAUUUACCACUCGAUCCAAGAAAUUUGAAGACUGAUAUUGAGGCUCUCGCAGAUGACUCCAAUAGUACAUCCACUGUAGUUCAAGCAAGAAAUGAAAAUUCAUCUAAUUCUACAGAAGAAUCAACUGAGAAGAGUACAGUGAAUACUAGAACUAUUAGAAAACGUGAAGCUCCUGUUGAGAAGAAAGAUGGCCAUGACGCGGAACCUCGGCAAUUCAGCGGAGAUUUUGGUAACUCUCAGACAUGCGGACCAAACUUUGUUUGCUGUAGGAAACCAUUACUGUCUAAACCACCUCGUACGAAUCGUCAGUGUGGCACACGAAACUCGCAGGGUAUCAACGGGCGAAUCAAAAAUCCCGUAUACGUUGAUGGUGACAGCGAAUUUGGGGAAUAUCCAUGGCAAGUGGCUAUCCUGAAGAAGGAUCCCAAAGAGAGUGUUUAUGUCUGUGGUGGAACUCUCAUCGACUCUCUGCAUAUAAUUACUGCUGCCCAUUGUGUCAAAUCGUAUACUGGUUUUGAUUUAAGAGUCCGUUUGGGAGAGUGGGACGUGAACCACGAUGUAGAGUUUUAUCCAUACAUUGAGCGUAAUGUCGGGUCUGUUCAUGUCCAUCCCGAAUUCUAUGCCGGAACGUUAUACAAUGACAUCGCUGUUUUACGUAUGGACACACCUGUUGAUUGGUCUAAACACCCUCAUAUCAGUCCUGCUUGCCUACCACAUCCACAUGAUGAAUAUACCGGAUCAAGGUGCUGGACCACGGGAUGGGGUAAAGAUGCUUUCGGAGAUUUUGGAAAAUAUCAAAAUAUCUUAAAAGAAGUUGACGUCCCGGUAGUCAGUAAUUCCAUAUGUCAAAGGCAAUUGCAGCAAACUAGACUAGGAUACGACUUCAAACUUCAUCCAGGGUUUAUAUGUGCUGGAGGUGAGGAAGGAAAAGACGCUUGUAAAGGUGAUGGUGGUGGUCCAAUGGUAUGCGAGAAGAGCGGUACCUGGCAAAUAGUAGGUGUGGUCAGUUGGGGAAUAGGUUGCGGGCAAAAUGGCGUGCCAGGAGUUUACGUCAAAGUGGCACAUUAUCUUGACUGGAUUAGACAAAUAACUCAGAGAUACUAGAAAACCAUUCCAUUAUUUUAUUGAUAUUUGUGUGUGUAAUUAUUUCAUAAACAAUUAUUUAUUAAUUAGUGUAAGUUUAAAUUAUUAUCUUAUUGUAGUGAAUAUAUAUACUCGUAUAGUAUAUAUAUAAAUAAUAUUUGUGAUAAUGACUUUGAAUCUUGACUAUUUUUUGAAAUGUGAUUAAGCCUUGGAAAAGUCACUGACAAGUCUCUUGAACUGAGGUUGAAUCUGAUGUGAGCUGAAUGGAAAUUUGUUUUACCAGUUUAGUUAACGCAUUGAUUAUAAAUUACAUAUUGAACUUUUAUUCAAAACUUUUGUUCGAAUACGACAGUUUUUGUUUUCAAAAUAUUCGAUUUAUAAGUUUAUAUUUUGGUGUGCUCCAGUAAUUUCAGUUUCAGUCAAUAACAACAAUAAAAAAUCAGAAACUA